AGGAGGCGGUGAAGCGCUACCCCGAGGACAAGGAGCUCUGCAGGCUCUUCUUCCGGGCCUUCACGUCGCAGAGCGGCCCGGCGGACACGAGGUACGGCCUGGCCAAGUACAAGGCGAUCAUGCAGAAGGCGGCGAACCACCGACAGGAGACCGUGUUCGUGGAGCUGGACGACGUGGAGGAGUUUUGCCGGCAGGAGCUCGCCAAUACCGGAGCGGACCCGGACCGACAGCAGUCCCUCGAGAACCUGCUCCAGAGCAUCGAGAAGAACACGCUGCGGUAUAUGAGGUUCUUCUACGAGGCGGCGGACGCGGAGAUGCCGGAGCGCGACGCGGACUUCAACGCGGACUGCGAGGCCAAGGACGCGAUCAAGAGGUGGCGCGAGAGCAAGAUGGCCCAGCAGCGGCGGGAGGGCGCCGCAGCAGGCCCGCCGCCCAUGCCGCUGAGGCUGAAGAACGCCUUCGACGUGCGCUUCGUGCCGCGCUCGACCAACAAGUCCCUGAAGAUCAACGAGCUGACCGCGGAGAGCGUGGGAGCGCUGGUGCAGCUGGACUGCCUGGUGGUGCGCGUGGGGUCGGUGAAGCCGAAAGUGGAGGUGGCCACCUACCACUGCGAGGUCUGCGACGCCGAGAUCUUCCAGACCGUGGAAUCGGACCGCUACACGCCGCCGACCGAGUGCCCCUCGGAGAGGUGCAAGCAGAACCGCCAGACCGGCAAGCUCCGCUGCAACGUCCGGACCUGCCAGUUCGGCAAGCACCAGGAAAUGAAGGUUCAGGAGAUGUCCGAGCACGUCCCUGUCGGCCGGGUGCCAAGGUCCCUCGACGUGAUCCUGACCGGCGACCUCACCAGGACGGUGCUACCCGGAGACGCGAUCACGGUCACCGGCGUAUACCAGCCCAGCGUGUUGCCAUUCUACGUCGCCCGCAAGCAGGGAAGGACCACGCAGUCGAUGUACCUGGACGCCCACCACAUCAGGAAGCACAAGCACGGCUACAACGACGACAAUGCGGACAUGACGGACCUCUUCGGGCAGAUCGACGAGGCCCAGAAGCGGGGCAACAUGUACGAGGAGAGCGCCAAGUCCAUCGGGCCCGAGAUCUACGGGAUGCUGGACAUGAAGAAGGCCCUGCUCCUCUCCCUCGUGGGUUCCUUCACGAAGACCAUGAAGGACGGGAUGAAGAUCCGGGGAGACAUCCACACGCUCUUCAUGGGCGACCCUGGGGUGGCCAAGAGCCAGCUGCUCAAGCAGGUCGUCAACAUAGCCCCGCGCUCGGUGUACACCACCGGAAAGGGAUCCAGCGGCGUCGGCCUGACCGCCGCCGUCAUCCGCGACCAGCAGACUGGCGAGGUGACCCUCGAGGGCGGGGCGCUGGUGCUCGCAGAUAUGGGCGUCUGCUGCAUCGACGAGUUCGACAAGAUGGAGGAGGGCGACCGCACGGCCAUCCACGAGGUGAUGGAGCAGCAGUCCGUGUCCGUGGCCAAGGCGGGCAUCACCACCACGCUCAACACGAGGACGACCAUCAUCGCCGCCGCCAAUCCAGUGUACGGCCGCUACAACCCUUUCAAGUCACCUGUGGAGAACAUCGACCUCCCCGCGGCCCUGCUGUCCCGCUUCGACCUACUCUUCCUGCUGCUGGACACGGUGGACCCAGACAAGGACAAGAUGCUGUCGAUGCACGUGACGAAGGUCCACAGCUGUUACGAAAUGCAGAAGGCGGACGCCGAGGAGAAGGUCGGCGCCCCUGGCGGGCCUGGCGACGACGACGCCGACGUGCUGAACCUGGGCUUCAAGCCCUUCGACGCCACGUUCAUGAGGGCGUUCGUUCGCAGGGCCAAGUCCUUUGAGCCGCUGGUCACUGACGAGCUGAUGCGUGACAUCCAGGACGCCUACGUCCAGAUGCGGGAGGAUGAGAAGCGCUCCGACAUCGACAGCCGUAAGUCCUACACCACGCCGCGCACGCUGCUGGCCAUCCUGCGGCUGUCGCAGGCGCACGCAAGGGUGCGCUUCUCGAACAAGGUGGAGAGGCAGGACUUCGACGAGGCGAUGCGGCUGAUGAAGGCCUCGAAGGAGAGCGUCGAGCUGAGCGCGCCGGCCAAGCGCGGCGUCAACCCUGUCGACCUCGUGUACGACAUCGUUGCAGACCUCUCCAGGCGCGCCGACGGUGACGACGGCUGGGUGGACAUUGCGCACGUCGUCAGCAUGGCGGGGCACAAGGCUCUGGACCAAGAGAUGGUCUCGGAGGCGAUCGACAACUGGGAGAGCAUCAACGUCCUCUGCAGGAACCCCGAGAAGACGAAGGUCAAGUUCAUGGUCCCGUCGGCCUGAGCGGGCAGGCUUUCCCUGUGUGGUUGAGGUGCUGUGCUCCCAACCGCAGCUUCUCCCUCCUGGUCUCUCCUCUCUGUCCUGAGCUCGCCUGGCCUGCUGGGGCACGUCUGGCGCCUGCCGCGUGGGAUUGCAGCGGCAAUCGGGCAGGGUGCCGUGCCGCUGCGCGGUGUAGUUGUUUUUUCUGACGAGUGGAGGCCAGAGCGGCCUGCACUCAGCCGGGGGCUCGGCGACGAGCAUCUGUUUAUCUCUUGGGCGGUGGAGAGGGCAGCGGGG